UAUAAUGACCAUAUUCGUUUAUUGUUUCCUGCCCGAAUUCCGAAAUUGUCAUGGCAAGUGUUUUGUUAUGUAUCUGCUGUAUCUGACGGUCACCUAUUCUUUAAUAUGUUAUAACAAUUUGUAUAGCGGAGAAUUUGAUAAAUUGCCGUGUAUAACAAUAGGUUAUAGUGUUUACUUUGGAACAAUUGGCUUUUUAACCUGGAUCAGUAUCAUUAGCUAUGAUACCUUUGUCAGUCUUACAGACCUAGAUUACACCACCCUAUUUCGUAAGUAUUUCAAAUGGGGCAUCAUUAUACCAAGUGUGGCGACAUUUGUAUUAUUUGUGAUACAAUCGCUGAAAAAAAUUAAUGAGGAAUAUAAGCCGGGCAUUGGAUCAGGCAGUUGUCUGGUCAAAGCUACGCGUUGGUCUGCAACUUUUUAUUAUUAUAUACCUCAUAUAAUUGUAUUAGUAUUUUGCUUGACUUUGUAUAUAAGACUGAUAAGAUUUUUAGUGCAGAACGAAAGAGAAGCCACCUCAUUUGCGGGCAGAUUGAAAGCAUCAUAUAUGAAAAGAUUCUCUCUCUACUUGCGUUUAUUUAUUUUUAUGGGCGUUAUUUGGUUUUUGGAAGUCCUUUCGUAUUUUAUUGACAUGUUUCAUGGUCAGAAUAAUAUUACUUUUAUACCGAACAUGCUCAAUGCUCUGCAUGGAUUAUUUAUAUUUUUUAGCAUUACUUUCAAUUCGCGUAUUCACCGAUAUUUCCGAAAAAGAUGUUGUCCUGCUCAAUAUGCCGGACGUGAGUUGAUAACAUUAUCGUCAAGAACAUCAACGUAA